GGUCUCCGCUCAGCGGGGCGGGGUCUCAGCCAGACCUGUUGUUCGGAUCUCGGAGCUCCUGGUCCCGCCUGGGUUCUGCUCGGUUCUCUCUGGUUCACCGGAACUUUUCUCUGGCUUUUGGAACUCGGCGGGAUCCGAACCAGACCUCUUGGUCCAGGAAGCGCCCCCUGAUGACGAAGGCUCCUUCUCCUCCUCCUCAGGUCUCCUCGUCUCAGCAGGUAAAGAGGAGCUGCCAUGUUGGCCUCCUCCAUCUCCUUCUCACUCCUCCUCUUCCUCCUCCUCCUCCUCCUCCCUCCUGCUCACCCUGCUCACCCUGCAGACGCCUCCAUGCAGUGGGUGAAGCUGGAGGGCUCCCCCCUCUCCCACCUGCUGCUGGACCCGAGGGCGGGGCAGCUGUUUGUGGGCGGAGUUGACCACCUGUAUCAGCUGACCUCUGACCUAAAGGUGAUGUCACACGUUAAAACCGGCCCUCUCCUGGACUCUCCGGACUGCCUCCCACCAAUCGUUGCUCAGGACUGCCCCUCGGCCACGCCCACUCACAACCACAACAAGCUGCUGCUUCUGGAGGCGGAGCCAUUGGCGGGGGAGGAGCCAGGACCGGGGGCGGAGCCAGGAAGCCUGAUUGUCUGUGGUUCACUGUUCCAAGGAAUCUGUGAGAAACGGAGUCUGUCCAACAUCUCUCAGCUCAUCUACCGGACCUCCAACCCCGUUGACACUCAGUACGUCGCGGCCAAUGACCCUCGGAUUUCCACCGUCGCCGUGGUGAUAACCACCCGGAGCAAACAGGAAGUGGGCAUGGCCGGUGGCGAGCUGCGCCUCCUGCUGGUCGGUCGAGGCUACACCAGCCGGGGUCCUGGAGACAUCCCACCAAUCACAACGCGGCGCCUGCACCCGGUGGCUCCGCCCCGCAAAGCCUUCUCCCAGGAGGAGGAGCUCGGAAAACUCGUCGUGGGAAGUUACUCCGAAUACAACAACCACUUUGUGAAGGCUGUUGCCCACGGCGACCACGUCUACUUCCUGUUCUCGCGGCGGGACAUGAGGCACACGAAGGAGUACAGGACCUAUGCCUCGCGGCUCUGCGCCUCCGACCGCAGCUUCUACUCUUACGUGGAGGUGCCGCUGCUGUGCCGCGGUGGCUACAACCUGGCUCAGGGGGCGUGGCUAGGAGACCUGUCAGGUACACCGGCACUGUUUGUCGUCAUGGCAGCAGGGCAGGCGUCCACGCCCAUAGCAACAAGCCGCUCGGCGCUCUGCGUUUAUACGAUGAAGGACCUGGACGCCACGAUGCGGCGGGCGCAGGAAGUGUGCUACACGGAGGGAGGGCUUGAUAGUAGCGGGCAGGAAGAGGCCUACAUCGAGUACGCCGUGUCAUCCAAGUGUCUGAAACUCCCGAAGGAGUCUCUGUCUGACUACCCGUGUGGGGGGGAACACACCCCCAACCCCAUCGCCAGCGCCGUUCCCCUGGGAGUCCCGCCCACCGUCACCCUGAACACCCAGCUGACCUCCGUUACCGCAGCAACAGAGGCCGGUCACACCAUCGCCUUCCUGGGAGAUCGAGACGGACGUCUGCACAAGGUGUUGGUGCGCCCCGACAGGUCUGGCCAUCUGUACGGCAGCCUGUUGGUGGACGGGGGCGGAGCCAUCGGCGCCAACCUCCUAUUGGACGGGAGCCAACGCCACGUUUAUGUUUUAACCGACGACCGGGUGUCCAAGCUUCCCGUGUCGUCCUGCGACAGACAGACAGACUGUCUGUCCUGUCUGUCCAUCAGAGACCCGUACUGCGGCUGGUGCGUCCUGGAGGGACGGUGUUCCCGUAAACAUGAGUGUGAGCGCCACCUGCUGGACAACCACUGGCUGUGGAGUUUUGAACGGACCAAUCAGUGCAUCACGGUGCGGAGCCUGCAGCCGGCCAAUCAGAGCAGAGAUGAGCAGACCCAGGUAACCAUGUCAGUCGUCCAGCUGCCUGUCCUCCAGGGGGCAGAGUCUCUGUCCUGCGUCUUCGGGAGCCUGCCUCCCCAGCCGGCCGUUGUCAUGGGAACAGAGCUCACCUGCCAGUCACCUGCGCCGGAGCUCCUCCCCCCCAUGCCAUCCAGAAGCGAUCACAUGGUCCUGCCCGUGUUUCUGAUGUUUGGUCACGUGACCGUCGCCAUGGGAAACAUGACCUUCUACGACUGCGGAGCGGUCAGCCGACUGAACCAGAGUUCCCAGUGUCUUUCCUGUGUCGGAUCCUUCUGGACCUGCAACUGGUGUCCUCUGGAUCAGAUCUGCACCCACAACCACAGCUGCCCCAGGAAGCUGGUCCUCCACCACAAUGACUCUCCUGGUCCCGGUUCCUGCCCUCUGGUCUCGUCUCUGAGAGGUUCUGCCUUAGUGCCCAUGGGCCUGAGCACCACUAUAGUUCUGGAGGGGCGGAACCUGGACAUCUACCAGGACGAAGCUCAGUACGUUUGUGUUGUUGAAGUUGAGGACGUGCAGCUCAACCUGACGGCUGCUGUGAGGAAAACCGAGGACAACACACACAUCUUUACCUGCAGCCCCCACCAGUUUCAGUACCGCCUCAGCCAGCUGCAGUAUUCUGCUGCCAUCUACCUGCGCAGAGGACAGCGACGCAUCGAUGCAUCACCUGGACUCAGACUCCACCUGUAUGACUGCUCAGCCGGCCAAUCAGAUUGCUCGCAGUGCAGGGCGGUGCCUGAGGAGUACAGCUGUGUGUGGUGUCUUGGAAGCCCCGCCCCCAGAUGUGUUUACAGCCAAUCGUGCUCCAGCUCACCCGCAGACACCUGUCCGACGCCUCGGAUCACACAGGUGCAUCCUGUGACCGGACCUGUGGAGGGUGGAAUCCUGGUAACAAUCACAGGAUCCAACCUGGGCACCAGGUACCAGGACGUGGUGGGCGGAGUCAAGGUGGCAGACGUCCCGUGUGUGGCUCAGCCUGAAGGAUACCAGAUCUCCACCAGGGUCGUGUGUGAGCUGCAGAGCAGUGGGAAUUACCGGGUCGGGAAUGUCCAGGUUACCGUGGGAACCACUCCACCUGGCCGAUCGACCCAGAUGUUCACCUAUCAGAACCCUAAGCUGACUGGUCUGGGUCCAGAUAAAGGCCCGGUUUCUGGAGGAACCAAGCUGACCAUCAAAGGCCAACAGCUGUUGACCGGACAAACAUCGGACCUGACCGCCUUCCUGGACCAGCAGCACUGCUUCAUUUUGAAUGAGGUGACCGAUUCCCAGUUUGUGUGCAAGACCAGUUCUAGUAAUCGGACCGGACCAGUUCCGGUUCGGGUCUUCUUUGGUAAAGCUAAUCGGACCGGUCCUGAUCUUACCUUUCAUUACCUGGAUGACCCCGUCAUCACCAAAGCUACACCUGCAGAGAGCUUCUAUGCGGGAGGGCGUGUCAUCAAGGUGACGGGCAGGAACCUGGACGUGGUGCAGGACCCGGUGAUAUCUGUGUGGGUGGAGCCUCUGGAGGUGCAGAGAGUGAAACGGAGAAGGCGAUUGGCUCUCCUGAACGCCAGGCAGCAGUUGGUCUUUAAUGGCACCAUGACGACAGUGUCUGAGCGCUGCUCUGUUCUGUCACCUUCUGAGAUCACGUGUCUGACCCCCGCGGUGCCCCCAGAGGUCAGAGUGAAGGGGGUGUGGUUUCAGCUGGACAACGUCCGGGUCCACUACGACAGCAUCGAGGGUAAGAGCUUCACCUAUUACCAGAACCCCCAGUUCUUUCCUCUGAACCGAGACGCUCCGGACGCUCCGUACCGCUUCAAACCCGGCGGAGUGAUCGCUGUAGAGGGUCUGGACCUGACCAGAGCCAUGUCCAAGGAUGAAGUCAGGGCUCGGCUUGGAGAUCAAGACUGUGAGGUGAAGACUCUGGACCGAACCCACCUGUACUGCGAACCCCCCGAGAACCAGCCUCUGAGCGUGGACGGCAGCAGCGAGUUGCCCAUGCUGAAGGUGCUCAUGGGGAAACUGCAGGCUGACCUGGGUCUGGUCCAGUACGACAGCGACUUGUUGCUAUCUCCCAUCCCGCUGGCGGCGCAGAUCAGUCUGGGUGCAGGAGCUGCUGUCAUCAUCCUGUCGGUGCUAAUCGUCAUUCUCAUGUACAGGAGGAAGAGUAAACAGGCUCUCCGAGAUUAUAAGAAGGUUCUGCUGCAGUUGGAAACUCUGGAGAUCAACGUGGGAGAUCAGUGCCGUAAGGAGUUCACGGACCUGAUGACAGAAAUGAUGGACCUCAGCAGCGACGUGGGAGGACCGGGUCUUCCUCUGCUCGACUACAAGACGUACGCAGAGAGGAUCUUCUUCCCCGGCCAGCAGACGGCGCUGCUGAGCCGGCAGUUGGACCUGCCGGAGUCCAGGAGGCCGACGGUGGAGCAGGGCCUCCAGCAGCUCAACAACCUGCUCAACAACAGACUCUUCCUCACCAGGUUCAUCCACACCCUGGAGGCCCAGCAGGGCUUCUCCCAGCGGGACCGCGGCUACAUGGCCAGUCUGCUCACCAUCGCGCUGCACGACAAGCUGGAGUACUUCACCGAGGUCAUGAAGACGCUGCUGCAGGACCUGGUGCAGCAGUACGUCGCCAAGAACCCCAAACUCAUGCUGCGCCGGACGGAGACGGUUGUUGAGAAGAUGUUGACCAACUGGAUGUCCAUCUGCCUCUAUUCUUUCCUGAAGGAAGUGGCCGGGGAGCCGCUCUACAUGCUCUACCGGGCCAUAAAGUACCAGGUGGACAAGGGCCCGGUGGACGCGGUGACGGGGAAGGCCAAGAGGACGCUCAACGACAGCCAUCUGCUGAGAGAGGACAUCGAUUACUCUGCCAUGACUCUGAACGUCCUGGUGAAGAACGGAGUCGAGGUUCAGCCGUGUCCCAUUAAAGUUCUCGACACCGACACCAUCACCCAGGUGAAAGAUAAGAUCCUGGAUCAGGUCUACAGAGGAGCUCCGUUCUCUCAGAGACCAGCAGCUGACAGUCUGGACCUGGAGUGGCGUUCAGGUCAGGCAGGUCACCUGACUCUGUCAGACGACGAUGUCACAGCGGUGGUUCAAGGUCGCUGGAAAAGGCUCAACACCCUGCAGCAUUACAAGGUUCCAGACGGCGCCACAGUCGCCCUGAUCCCUCGAUUUCUCAGUUCAGGGGUCAACCAGGUGUUUCAGACUGGAGAAAAAACACCAAUGCUGGAAGGUGAGGAAGAGGAGGGUCUGCGUCUGUGGCACCUGGUGAAGAGCAGCGAAGAUUCAGAGAUACCAAAACAUCGGAAGAGCAGCAUGAGGGAACGGGAGAGAGCCAAGGCCAUUCCUGAGAUUUACCUGACCAGACUGCUGUCCAUGAAGGGGACGCUGCAGAAGUUCGUGGAUGAUGUCUUUGUGGCCAUCCUCAGCACCAAGCGUCCUCCUCCCAUCGCUGUCCGGUUUUUCUUCGACUUCCUGGACGACAUGGCGGAGAAACACGGGAUCGAUGACCCCGAGACCGUCCACAUCUGGAAGACAAACAGUCUCCCUCUGAGGUUCUGGGUCAACAUCCUGAAGAACCCGCAGUUCGUCCUGGACGUCCAGGUGACGGACAGCAUCGACGCCGUCCUCUCCGUCAUCGCCCAGACCUUCAUCGACUCCUGCACCACCUCCGAACACAAAGUGGGACGGGACUCUCCGGUCAACAAGCUGCUUUAUGCCAGAGAGAUCCCGCGCUACAAACAGCUGGUGGAGCGGUACUACAGUGACAUCCACAGCGCCGCAUCAGGAUGCUACCAGGAGAUGAACUCCACUCUGACGGAGCUGUCCGGGGUAAACAGAACCAGAACCAGAACCACCUGUCUCUCCUCCUGUCUCACUCCUCCUGUCUCCCUGCAGAGCUUCGCCUCAGAGAUGAACGGUCUCGUUGCUCUUCAUGAACUCUACAAAUACAUCAACAAAUAUUACGACCAGGUCAUCAUGUCCCUGGAGGAGGACACGUCGGGUCAGAAGAUGCAGCUGGCGUAUCGGCUGCAGCAGGUCGCCGCCCUGGUGGAGAACAAAGUCACUGACCUCUGACCUGCGAGUCCUGAGGAAGAGGAGAGACAGCGAAGCUGAUUGGACGGCUGCUGCCUGUCUGUCUGCGUGGGGGACGCAAAGUCUUUCAUAAUCGGUCUUCCGGUUCCCUCACACGGCGGCGGCCGCCAUCUUACGACAAUCCAACCAAUCAGGGAACACCGUCGCCACCGGCUGCCUUGCACUACAAUUCCCAGAGUUCUUUGCUGUCUGAGUCUAAAAGCACAACUUCAAUAGUUUCUUCUGUGUUUGUAUUGGUUCUGACAUAAAACCUGCUAUUUUCUAUGUUUUUCUACUGAAACCAGCGGAUCGGACUCUGAACGGCCAGAACCAGAAGUUCUGCUGCUGCUGGGCGUUUCUGAACGCAAUAAUCUGCAUCAGGGAGUGUUUUCAUCUGACCCGGUUCUGCUGAGGUUCUGGAUUCGGACCUCAGGUCAAACUGCGGCGGUGAGAAGGGAAACCUGCCCGGAUGUUGGCGCGCUGCGCCGCUUCUCAGUGCAAAUCCACCUGGCUGCAGCAAACAGGAAGGGCGGGACGGACCGCUGUCCGUCUCAGACCUUAUUUGGAAAUGGGACCAUUGCACUCCGGAAGUGAAGGGGGCGCUAUUUACUAUAUUAUCCGCCGUCUCCCGUUUUUAUUGUCGUUAGAAAUCUGUGAUAUAUCUUCACCUUUAGGAAGGAUUUUCAUUCUCAGUAUAUAUUUGAACUUUUCUCUUUUAUUUACUUCAGCUCAGCUCACAGUUUUUAACAGAUUCUGUAGCUUUCUGUGAACUUCUAAAUCUGCUCCUUAUUUGCAUCUUUUUGGGUCUACUACUGCCUCUAAUGGCGUGGGGUGGUAACACAACUACUAUAAUUACGUUAUUAAAUGAGUUUUUAUUAUUUACUGUUAAUACCGGCAUUAUUGGCACCAUCAAAGAUAAAUUCUCUAAUAAAACACCAUACUUUUUUACUUUCUUAACGAUGUAGAGCUAAUUAAAUGACAUAAACAAGAUCUUUAUACAUUAUGAAUAUUUAUAUAUCUCCAUCAUUUAUAGGAGGAAUAAAAGAAAUAAGGAGACAUGAAAAGCAACAUAAUGAACUAUAAUAAAAACCAUUUAUAAUGUAUGCAUAAGAAACUUAAUUGAUCAAAAGUCAAGAAGAAACAAAUUAAUUAGAUUCACAGAAGAAUUACAAGUCUGGUUGUUACGACCAGGGUUGUAAAACAGAUACAAGCUAAAAUUCACAUUUUUGCUUUUACUCUGUCAUUCAUAUAAUUCUGAGAGAUUUUGCUGUGUUGGUAGAGUCUUAUACAUAGUUAAAAAAAAAAAAAAAGAAACUAAUCAAUCAUGGUGGAAAUUUCCCUGCAACUCCAAAACAAUAAAAUAAAACGCAUUCAUAGAAUCACUUAGCAUGUUAUAGCUAAAUGUUAUCAUGUUUAGAUAAGAAUAAUUAUUGCAUUGUCAAUAAAUGACUUGUAAUCAAUGUUCUCAGGUACCAGAGGGAAACAGUAACGCCUUCAUGAGCUCAGAGGGUCAAACUGAUGAAUAAAGAGGAUGGGGGCUCUCUACUAAAAUAUUCCUGCCGUCUUCCAUGUUCUUUCAGCAAACAGGAUUAUAUAGGAAAUAGCGCCCCCUUCACUUCCAGAGUGUAAUGGUUCCAUUUAAAAUAAAGUCUGAGACUGACAGCGGUCCGUCCUGCCCUUCCUGUUUGCUGCAGCGAGGUUCUUCUCAAACAUCGACGCUGCGUAUUAAUCGAUGAGAACAAUGCGAGUUCCUAACUUAUUGUGUUGUAUAGACUAUUUAUAAUUAUUUAUCCCCGCUGUGCCUUCGCUCUGCAGCUAGGGGGCAACCUAACGCAUCCCAGUGCAUGAUGGGAAGAUAAAAUGAACCGUUCCUUCAGCAGGAAGUGAACCCAGCUGCAGCAUCUAACUGGUUUAACUGGUCCGUCUGACUGAGACCAGAACUAUCAGAAUCUAUAUGGAUCUUGGCGGACCAUCAGAACCUCCAGAACCUUCCUGGACUGAUGGACGGGCUGGACCAAGCAGACAGACUGAUGCUGGUCCAGCCGUAGAACCGGACCAGAACCGGGUCCAGCUGAUACUUUUUCUUCUGCUGCUGAUAUUUCUUCUCCAUGUUUUGCUGUUUGUGUUUUUUGGGCCUGUGUUUGACCCGUAGUCGUAGUUCUUUACUCACAGUAGCUUCUGCAUGAUGAUGAUGAUGAUUAUGAUGAUGGUGCUUUCUUCUUUUUCAUAACUUUCGAUGUUUACUUUUUGAAACAAGGGGCGGGGCUUCCACUGGUGACCUAAUGAGUGUACAGACCGAAGCUGAGCUCUGAUUGGUGGAGCUGUUUUCUACUGAAUACAGUCAUUUUGAGUGCGGGGGAGAGGGGGGGUAGCUGUGUGUAAAUGUGCCUGUAAAUAUCUGUGAGGAAGACCACGAUAAAGAUGAGUCUAUCUCAGAUUUUAAAUGUGCUUUUAUUGUGAAGGGCCACAGGUCAAACAGUUUGUAUCAUAAAAAUAAAGUUCUAAUUUUAA